AUGUCGCUUGCCAUUCUUAAUAACAACAACAGCAAUACUACUGCCACUACCACCAAGAACGAUAAUGGUACAAAGCAAGUUGAAGGAGGCGAUAACAAUGCAUCAUCAUCAUCGGUUCAUAUCAAUACUUCUACUGCUAUGGGAAAUGGAUCAAGCACCAUCCAUGCUACUACUCCUUCUACUUCAAGUAUCAUGACUACCAUAGCGACACAUGAAGCCAAUGGAGUCGUGGAUGCUUAUCGUAGACAAAUCAUCAAAAGAAAGGUGUUGGCUAUUGGUAAAAUGUCUCGAUCGUAUGCCAUUUUGAGAGAAUACCCUGACCUUGUACAACAAUUGAAAUCACUCUCUGCCAAUGGCAAAUUACCCCUUGGUUCCUUAUCAAAUGGGGAGCAAGGCAUCAGAGAAGCUAUUGCUACUCUUAUGAAAAAUAAACAACCACUACAAGAUCAAACAGUAGAACAGCCUGAAAAUAUGUUACUGCUGACUUCACUCAAAAUCAAAGAAGAAAAAGAACAUUUUACGUAUCAUCAUCAGCCUACGCCGAAUUAUAAGGUUGUUUCAAGAGAAGGUCAUGUUUGA